UAACACAAUUUAUUUAUGUAGUUCCUUAGGGCCACGUGUGGAAGACUGGUCCAGACUGGAGAAGGAAGGUGGUUCUAAAGCUCCAGUGGUCUGGAGAGUCACUGUGUUGGAGAAGGUCCUGUCUUCGCUUUGUUCCCAUCAUAGACUGCUACUCUAUCAUUUUUUAAAGGACAUGCAGGAAGAUUAUAACAUCUCUGUAACACUGCGGGAUGCUCACAGAAGACAGUUUAAGGCUGGAUCUCUCUGUUGCCAUGCUGAUAAAAAAUCACUUAAUGAGGCCCCAAUACUUUCAUUAAGUGACUGCUCAGUAACUGCUGGCAUUUGUUGCAGAAAAGCUUGUAGGCUUCCAACAAAUGCAUUUUCUCCUCUAUGCGUCUGUCUGAGGAACAUUCAUGGCAAUUCCUGCCAAAAUACAUCUAUGGCAUGUGUUGGCCAAGAUAUCUGUUCUAAUCCCACUGUUUGUUGUACUCACUCAAAACUACCCUCAUGCCAGCUUCAUCACAAUGGUGAUCAUACCUACAUUUCUCAUGUAAGAGAAACUCUAAUCACCCAUCAGGGUGAUUGUAACUCUCACAAUAGAUGCAAAGGAAGCCGUAGCCCCUCCCCACCACCACUAUCACCAAAGCCAGUGGACCUGGACUGUAAAAUGGCUGUCAAGUCCAGUAUCUUACAAAUUCAGGACUGCAAGUCAUUAAACAUGGCACCUCCUUCUCUCUUACCUCACAGAACCGAGGAUGAAGAUACAGCUUUGUACUCUAACGCUUCUCUUCGUGUGGGAUCUCCUGAUGAAUGUUGUGAAAAGGUUGUACUGUUGCAUACACAAGCAGAGAAGGAGAAUGAUCACCAGUGUGGGUCUUUUAUAGGAGAUCUAAUGGAUAGAGUCACUGAAAAGCUCAGAAGUAUCCAACCUUCAGAGAAGGAACAAAAUCAUCUUACCCAUGCCAGUCAAAUCUCCAAGACAGAUGACACACAUUUGACAGAGAUUAUAACAACUGUGCUACACAACAGUAGUGACAAAGAUUACAACCUUAAUGAGCUUUUACGACAGCAUGUAGCCACCGAACAGCGAUCCCCUCAGACACGUUCACGUAAGAGACUGGAAACGUUAGUUGCCAUGAGCAAGUCACCUGAUCUUCCAUCAUCAAGAAGACAAAGCUUACAAAUCAAAAGAGAUCUGGCCAGACUUAGUCCAUCAUAUUUUAAGAGGAAUAUAGGGUUUGAGAGAGAUAGGUCCUUAAAAACUGUUAAAGCUGCACAGCUAACAUGCUCUCUUGUUGAACAAUCUGAUUGUAGAAAGUUGGACAGAAUACCUAGGACAGUGGACUCAAAGCCUGUAAAAGAUACCUUAGAAAAUUUGACCACAUAUGCACAAACUAAGGAGACACCGAAUAAACAAAAGAGCCAAGAAACUCAACCCCAACAUGUAUGUCUUGAAGAACCACUGCCUCUUGAUGAAAGGGCACAAUUGCAAACAACUGAUAGUGACCGGAAGGUAAAAGCAAAAACUCAUGAAGAGAAAAAUCUGACUGUUCAAGUUGGAAGAACCAGACGAAAUAUUGUACCACCUCAGCGUUUCUCUUCCUAUGUUACUGAGCCACGGAAAAUGUAUUUUGCAGCCUGUUUUUCAGAAAGUAUAUUCACCAAGAAUCCCCCUAAGGACAGUACCUCAACAGCACUUGGCUCUACAGAAGAAAUUGCCUGGCCAAGUGAUAUAUGUGACAAACAGCCUUUUCAAACUGAGGAUAAACGAGAAGACCGUGAUGUGCCACAGAACAUAACUUCAUCAAAAGAUGCGAUUUCAUCCAAAAAAGAGCCACCGUGUGAGCACAAGGAUAAUGGAAGGAAUCCUGAUAAAGAGAGUGCAAGAAAAAGGAAACCAUGCCAGAAUUCUACUUCACCAUCAAAAAGAUCUAAACGCCAUAAGACCAACAGUCUAAACACUGACUCACACAGUCCUACUGAAACUAUGUCUGACUUUACUACCACUGAGAGUGGACAAGAAGCUAAAGCUAGCCUGUCUGGACUGAAAUAUGAUAGUCCAAUAAAGCUCAUGUUUGUUUCCUCUGUGACAGGUGAAGACGGUAUAAAAUAUACUCUCAAAGCAGCUGCCUCAGGCUCAAAUUCCCAUGGAGAGAUGUUUGAUCCAUGCGUGGAAUCCUCAUGGGCAGGUAGUGCCAUCGAUGAACAUUUCCAGGAUUCAGUCCUUGAAUUAGCUCCAGGGAGAACUGUUGAACAUGGUGGGAACAAGUGCACUUCAUCAAAAGUGGUUUCACUUGAUGCAUUAUUGCCCAGUUGUUCAAACAAUGAAGAUGAAAUCCAAGAAACACUACCAAUUGUACAUCAAACAUCUCCAGUAAAAAGGCGUCCUGGGCGCCCCAAAAAAAUAGGACCACAUAUUGUGAAGUCUGUGAAACGUCCCAUCGGCAGACCUCCAAAACCCAAAAUAACUUCAACUGGUACAACCGGUUCCAGUGCAGUAAAUCAUAAGACAACAGAAAUGUCUUCUAAGGAUGAUGGAAACAAAAAUCUAAAAAUCACCAUAGUGAAUGGAAGAUCAAGAAGGGCAAAAAGAGUAGUUUCUGAAGAUUUGAGCAAUAUCCCAGAACAUCAACAUGUUUUUGAACUAUUAAAUGGUGGCACGUACAGUGAAACAUGUUCUGGAAAGACUAGUAGUAAUGAUCAAAUGACCAAGGAACUGCUUAAAGAUCACCAUUUUGUUAUGCCUAUUGAAGACAGGAAAUGUGUCUCUUCGAGCAGCAACAUCAAAUGUCAAAGACAGAGUGACACAGCAGUGUCAAGAAAACCAGGAAGACCUCCCAAAGUCAAAAUUUCUGGGAUCUCUGUCACUGUCACCACAGGGUCACCAAGGCAACGAAAGAUACAUAUAAAAAGGGGCACAAAAGAUUCACAUCUGCUCAGAAAGUCUCUUCUCAUUGAAAUUCAACCUUCCAAAGAGCAGAAGACAAUCUGCAAUCCUACUGACAUUCACAAGGAUAUAGUGGAUGCACCAAAAGAACAUAGUCAGAAUACCAGAGGGCAGCUCAUACCAGUGAGGCAUUCUGUUAGAGAACGGAAACCCUCCGUUCAUUUGCUCCACUCUGUCGCUACUGCCAGAUCCUGCGCAUUGGUUCGCAGGUCACGAAAACUACUGCUUAAUAAGGUUAGCUGUGAGUCCAGCCAGAAUACAAAGAAAAGACAAGAGCAAGAAGAGUUCCCAAAAAAUGCACUUUCCACGAGGACCAAGAAUGUCAGUUGCAUACAAGAUGUUCGUUUUUCUACCAUUUCGAUGGACUCCAUUUUUUCAUCAAACGAGGGCUUCAGGUGGUGGCCCACCUUAGCAUCACCUGAAACUUUAAAUGAAGAGUUAGCUAGGAGGAUCAGGCUUAUGUCCAACACUUGGGUAUCAGAUGUCCUCAAGGCUAACAAGUCAGGAGAGCUUAAAUCAGAUCUUAAACCAAAAACUUAUGAGAAGUUUAGAGGUUCUGCUAAGAAGUCUGCUUCUGCCAUCAAAAUGCUUUUUGAAAGAAACUAUAAUAUGGAGAAGCUCUGUACUUGGUUUAUGCAGUCCACAGAAACUCAGUCCCUUGCUAUUGUAAAGAAGACCACUGCAAGAAAUCCCAAGGAUGUCUUUCACUACAACCUCAGCAGACCCAAUUGCAAAGGCAAAGUUUGCCCAAGUCCACAAGCAGAGAGACUCAGGAAACAUGUCAAGAAAUUUGCUAAAGUUGUCCCAAAGAGUCCGUCAAUGCACAAGCAAGCACAAGAAAUGCUGUCCAAGUCAACAAGGUCACAAGCCAAGAGAAAGCUUUUUAAUACAUCAUUUAAACAGAGGCAUGACGUUAGGCAUAGAAUGUCUAGGUCUAGAAGCACAUGGGUUGUCUAUAGAACAGCUCUGCUUAGAGCGAGGCUAAAGUUUAAGACCAGGCCUAGGAUAACAUUAGGAGGUGAUAUGGCACACAAAGUGUUUCGUGACCAGAUGAGGACAAGGACUUCAGGUGCUGAGACUCUAGAAUUAUGGAAAGAAAUGCCUAACCUGGUAGGUAAGACAUCCAGACCAGUCACGAAAGUUCAAAAUGCAUUAAAGCUUCUAGUCAAAACUCCUCAGAAAAUGAAUGGGAUUGCCAAUAUUUCAAAGCAGAACAGAAUCAGCUCCAAAGCUUGGAGUCCAGAGUCCCUAAAGCAGUGCAGGGUGUUUCUGAAAAAGAUCAACUCCCCAAACACAAAGUCAGCGACAGAGGAAUGUAACAUUUGCACAGUAAAGCUUUAUGAUGUCUCGCAUCAAGAGGAGAAUGAGGAUGUUUUGGUGGGAGGGACACCUCCCAGUACAGUUAACUUUCCAAUACAGCUGCACUCAUCCCCAAAAAGCCAGAGCAAGGGAGGAAGAAAAAGAGGCAAACGGAAAAGUUGGAGCACAAGUCCAUCUCCCCCAACAAAAAUGCUCAGACAACCAAGGAGCAGCAGGGGUGUUCUAGGAGCAAGGUGGUGUGACUUUGUGCUCGGGUCAUUGAAAUAACUUGGGACCAGUUUUUGGGGAAGACAUUUUCUUGAACUCUAUCAUAAGGUGCCUUUCAACAGUGGUCUGGCUGAGUAUCACAAGCAACCUCUGCAAGCGUCAUGUAGCAAAAAACAACUUUAAGACACUUGUUGCACUAUUUAAACUUAUUUUGUUUGAUGUUUGUAAAAUGUUUUAUUUACCUUUUAAAGUCUACUUUGAAUUUUAAUUUUGAUGCAGACCAUGAGAAGAUCUAGUUACAUGAAGGAGAAUCAAAGAUUACAAGAGCAUUAUGUUGUUUGGUUUGCCCAAAUCUCAUAGCAGAGUUUAACAUUUAGGCAAACUUUUAUAUUAUUCUGGAGAAGACAAGUUCAUUUAACUUUUUUU